AUGACUGAAAACCGUCUCGCUAGUCUUGCUCUGUUGCAUAUUCAUCGAGAUAUGGAGAUAGAUGUUGACGAAAUUAUUAACAAGUUUGCCUCGAAUGCCCUACCACCAACACAGGUCAAGCAGCCAACGAACAAGUCACUACUCCCAACAGCACAAUCACCUCCGCCAUGCCCAGCAACAGUAACACCAAUACCAGCUCCAAGAAGACGACCAGUUCCAGCCAAACGCAAGCCGAGGACGCUCCCUUCAAGCCCUUCACCUGACUCCACAACUACACAAGCAGCCUCAACCAGUCCACUAGAAACAGAAUCACCAGUGACAACAACCUGCACAACAUCAACACCGGUCACAACAGCAACACCAGUCACAACAUCAACACCAGUCACAACAUCAACACCAGUCACAACAGCAACACCAGUCACAACAGCAACACCAGUCACAACAUCAACACCAGUCACAACAGCAACACCAGUCACAACAUCAACACCAGUCACAACAUCAACACCAGUCACAACAGCAACACCAGUCACAACAUCAACAACAUCAUCACAAAUCACAACCGCAAAGUUGUCAACACCAGUAACAAAACCAAUAACAACAGCAACAAGACCAGCUUCCAAAGAAAUCUUUAAAGUGACUGUGAGGGAACAUCAAUCUGAUGAUAUGCCACUGGUUGGGCAACGAAUUGAACAUACAUGGAAAGUUGGAAGAAAGAAAGUCAUUUAUUCAGGAAUAGUCACAGAUCUACUGAAGGGGGAGGAGGGGGCCAUAGACACUGUUUAUCGAGUCAGGUACGACUGUGGUGACAUCGAGGAAUUGGACUUAUACAAAGAUCUGCAUGAUGGUUCCCUUAGACUCAUCAGUUAAAUUACUGAAAUGUGCGAUAUGAAUGAUCUGGGCGUUUAGCAUGUUGUUUUAGCAUACUUAAUUAUUAAAUGUAUGUGUUUAAAUGAUUAAUAUCUAUUGGUCAUAUUUGUCUUUGUAUAUAAUGUUUGUUGAUAUCCUGUUGUAAAUAUGUUCUUUGUAUAUAUGUUUGUUGAUAUCCUGUUGUAAAUAUGUUUUUGUAUAUAAUGUUUGUUGAUAUCCUGUUGUAAAUAUGUUCUUUGUAUAUAUGUUUGUUGAUAUCCUGUUGUAAAUAUGUUUUUGUAUAUAAUGUUUGUUGAUAUCCUGUUGUAAAUAUGUUCUUUGUAUAUAAUGUUUGUUGAUAUCCUGUUGUAAAUAUGUUCUUUGUAUAUAAUGUUUGUUGAUAUCCUGUUGUAAAUAUGUUCUUUGUAAUAAUGUUUGUUGAUAUCCUGUUGUAAAUAUGUUGUGCUCUUCAAUAAUGACUGAAUAAAAUGUAUCUAUCUAUACUCAACAAGAAACAUGCAAUUAAACAUAAUUAUAUCAAUACAUUGUUAAAUAUUUUGUUCAGUAUAUGCUAAUAAAUGAAAUAAGAAUAACA